AUGCCUCCAUCAGGGGCUGUCCAUGCACCCGCUGCCGCCAGGACGGCAGACCCGAAUGCGUGCUGCGAGGCAAACUGCCACGGAAGUUCCCAACCCGGUACCCAUGACAGCACGAUCAACCAGACGAACCCUCAUCUCGAGCGCAUUCGCGCCCUAGCCUUUGAAGCAGAUGGGCGAGAAUUCGGUUCGACUCUCUCUUCAACUACCUCUCUCCCUGGCCAUGUCAGCUUCGCCGACUACCACUUCCUCGAGCUGCGGGGCCUGACCACACUGGAUCGGGAGGACCUCGCCUUCCUCGCUGCUAAAGGCUGCCUCAGUAUCCCAGAGGAAGCCGUUCUUGGCGAAUUCAUCCGCCAGUACUUCCUGCAUGUCCACCCCAGCUCACCCGUAAUCGACGAAGCAGAGUUCUGGCGCGUAUACCGGAACCCUGCCGCGGGUAAAAAGAUCUCGCUCUUCGUCUUCCAGGCGAUCCUGUUCGCCGGUUCUCCGUACAUCUCCAUGGAAACAAUUCGCAAGUGCGGAUGGACCGACAAACGCAACGCCCGCAAUGUCCUCUAUAAGCGUGUUAAAGCUCUUUAUGACCUCCAUGCAGAGGACCGUCCACAUCCACAAGCCCAGGGAUCAGUUCUUCUGACUCUACAUACCUCUGCAAAUGAGCCCCAGAUCAGCAGUCUCUGGCUAACGCGUGCUAUUCAAAACGCCAUGAUUAUCGGCUGCCAACCCGGUCCAAUCGAGGAUAUCGACCAGAGUCUGAAGAAGCGCCUUUGGUGGUCAAUCAUCCUGCGCGACCGCAGUCUCUGUCUUGGACUUCGUCGCCGGCCACAAGUCACCUCGUUUGACAUGGGAAUGGUGGCUGAAUUACCGGACGAAGACGACUUUGCGGAUGAAAUCCAUAGCUCCCCUGUCUAUAGCCCUGAAGUCAAGCGGAUGAUGCUCAAGGUUCUCCAAGAGCAAUGCCGACUGGCUGUGCUGUUGUCUGAAAUGAUUACAUUUGUCUUUGCUUCGCAUGGUAUCGCCGCGCCGUCAUUGACACUAGAGCAGUUCCAGGAGGAGCUGGCAAAGAUCGCUCGCACCAAGACAGCCAUGCAGCGGUGGGAAGCCAAUUCGCCUCUAUAUCAGUGGACAGAGGGUAAGGCACCAGAGACCGUCACACUACUUACCAAUUUCACAUACAUGUACUACCAGUGA